UGUACAAUGGGGAGGACAUGGAGGGACGUUCUCGGUGUUCAGGCUUUAUUUAGUUUUAUUCCAAAAUUAUGAUCAGUAAAAGUACAAGGGUAAAGGGAAAUCUACGAUGUAUAGGAAGAGAGUGGCAUAUUUUUACGACGAGGACGUUGGAAACUUCCAUUAUGGUGAGUUUAUCCUUGGAAGUUAGCAUCUAAGCUUUUAAUAUAUAUACCGGUAAUAAGAAACUGGAAAUUACGUGCUUUGACACAUGAGUUAUUUAAUACUAACACAGCUUUUGAUAAAUCAUAAGCUUGCUGUGUUCUAUCAAAAGUCUGGUGUGAUUUAAAAUCUGUGUUGCUUACCGUGAAAUUUAAGCCGAGAUCAUUGACCUCUGUUUAUGAAAGGAAGCUCUAUAAUAUUAACCUGACUUCGGUGUAAAUGGUACUUUGAAUGUUCAUUUGGAACGGGUUUAUGCGUUUACCACAUAUGACCAAGGGAAGUAAGAUUUCCAUAUAACCCCAUACAUUUAUUAUGCAUGCAGCAAUUUUAUACCUGCCAACUCUCACGCCUGCGGACUAAAGACAUUGAUCUCACGCAUUAAGGACAAUUUCUUAUGCCUGACUCUCAAAUCACGACGAAAUGUUCUUUCAAUCAUAAUUAAUAACGAAAAUUCAACUCAAUUUCCUCAAAAAUAUUCCAAACAGACGCUGAAAGAUGACUUCGUGUCAAUGAAGCUUGAUGUAGACGUCCUUGAAGAAGCAUUCGCUUUAUAACUUUAAUUGGUCUUGUUUUGAGCAUGCAGUCGCUUGGGCGGACAAACCAUGCCAUGUUGUGUUGUAUUGGGUGAAUCUUUUGUUUUCUGUCUCGCAAAACUUGAUCCUCAACUCAAUUCUCGAUAGGUUUAGCUUGUUCUCGAUUUUAUAUCUAUUACACAUGUAGUUACCUUGGGUAGGGAAAACAAAGCGAAAACAAUGAAGCAUUAAACAGUGCAUAACAAAAGCGUAAGCUAGUUUUAAAAAUGCGCUUUCAAACUAGUUAAUGAUUUUGUGUUAACGCAGAAAACGUGCGUGUGUUUUGCGUGUCCAUAGGUUGCUUAUCUCUGAGCUGUACUGUAAUAAAUGACCAGGGGCUGAAACUAGCCAUAUAAUAAAUUGGCCUCUUAUAAAUAUCUACUUCCUUUGUGCCUAAUUUGGUGGUGGUCUAAAGUAAGGCAAAUUUCUUAUAAUUUUUAUGGAUUAUCUGUCGAAAAAGAUUCAGUGAUCACACCUCUGUAUUAUUCUUAAGUCAAAAAUAUAACUUUGAAAAUUGAUGGUACAGUCUCAGUCGAAAUUGUUGGGACACUUUGCUGUCUUCUUGCCCUCCCAAUGUUGGUGUGCAAGAUUUGGAUUUAACUGCAAAAAACAACAUUGGGAGGACGAGGAGAUGGGCCAGAAGUAAAAAAAAAAACAGGGUUGGGUGGAAGUGUCCCAACUAUUUUUGUCUGGGACUGUAGCUAACUGUACAUGUGGUCGAUUCCAAAAGUGAUCACUUCCAAACGUAAUCUUCUGUAGCAACUCUGGAAUGUUGUUUGUCAUCUGGUAGUUAAAAAUAGUAUCAUGAUAAUUAUGUAUUGUUGGAUUUGAAGAGUAAACAUGUUUCGUUUUAUCCUUUGUCUUGUAGUUGUAAUGUUUGUUAAAUUUGUUGGUUUUUGUAGCUUAAAAAUGUUCCUUGUUUUUUUUUUUUUACCUUCAGGCCCUCAUCACCCAAUGAAACCUCACAGACUCACCUUAACACAUAACCUAGUUUUUAACUAUGAUCUUCACAAGAAAAUGGAGGUAAUUUUUAUAUCAUACAUAUAGCUCUUUAUUUUCCAGGCACUAGGAUCAAGGAAUAAAUAAAUGAUAAGAAAUGACAGUGUUUAAGUACACUGUAAGUCAUCAAUUUCAGUGUCAACAGGAGAGAGAAAGGGUAUUGCAUAUCUUGUGGGGUUCCUGGCCAAUACAUUAGUCGAUGUCUCAAACAAUAGUCUAUUUCUUGACCGAUCCUCAAUAAUAACUAGUACAUGUACUUUAUGUCUCAACUGAAUACUGUAACACAUUGCAGAUUCUCAGUCAUUGUCCUGUUAAUUUCAUAAGCAACUGUCAAAAUGAAUGAUAAUUGCGAUCUCUUCUUGCCCAAGGAAUGUGACCCUCCGUUUUUGUUGGUGUUUUUUUCUCAUUAUGGUUACAUUGUAUGUUACAGGUCAAAUUUGAUCUCAGGUUAAUUUUGAUUUUGAUUCUCAAUUUCCUUUGUCCUCAAGCCUUAGCAGACAAAGGAAUUCAAGAAUUGACCUAGGUUAAAAAUGUUUAAUCCGAGUUCAAAUUAAUUUGACCCGUGACAGUUACAAGAAGAAUAUGUUUUAAGGUGAAAAAAAUGUGGAUAGUAGAAGUUGUAAUAUUUUGAUAUGAAUCACGUGAAACUCCACAUUAAUUUUUUGAGCCACAGAGGAGUACAAUGUAUGAGAUAAUGUUAAAACUACUUAUUUUUCUUACGUUUUUUGCAAGAUCGGUUAGUUUGAAGUCACUUUACUGAAAAAUUAUUCAUAUGGGCUCUAGAAUUUAGUAAGAUUCAUUGUUUUUGCUACAUGUGAUUAUUAUGAUAUGAAUUUGUGACAGUUGUUCAAGUUUUGAACAUUUUGUGUGCAACUACAUGUAGGAAAAAACACAGGGAAAAACAAGCACGAUGACCUUAUCAUUUUUGCAGUUGUUUAACCCAUUUGCCCCUGAGCCACCCAUAACCGCUUGGUGGGAUCCACAUCCCUUCUACCCCUUGUGACAUCAUCAGUUUUAAUGGUCAAGGACAACUUUGUCUGCUUACUUGUACCGAGUGAAGAGAUCUUUCAAACCAUACCAGAAUGAACAAAAUUCAGUCAAGGACAUGGGAGAAAAAGGCAAAAAACCGUGUAACAUUUACCUGAAAAAUUCCUUGAAAAUCUUGUUCCACUACCUCCAAAAAGCUUUCCUAAAAUUUUUUCCACCAAAUGCCCAACAAAAGAAAAAAAACGAGGAAGGAAAAUUAGCCAAAAAGAGGGGAAGAGAGAAAGUGUAGAGUUAAAGUCAAGACUGCUGUGUCACUGGCUUUUAAACCCAAUUUUGCUUUCUGCACAUGCCCAAACUUCACAAGCUAAUAUUUUGCAUCUGGAUCAGAGGGCUGCGAACUGUACGACUUUUAAAUGGCUUUAUGGUAAGUUUAAGCUCUUAUAGAACAACAGUGACCAGAAAACCGCUUGAGUAUCCUCAAAACGCAUUUUUCAACAAAAUUUCCAGGGGCAAAUGAGUUAAUGUCCAGUAUACAUAGGUGUAUGGCUGUCAAUUGUGGCAAGUUUUUAAAAAUCCGGAUAGUACAUGUCCAUUCUUUUCAAGGGAAUUACCUUAAUACAUUGUACAUCUAUGAUAAAAAUUUGUUAACUGCCAGCUUAUGAAUACAUGCAUGGUUGACCAAUACUGCUACUUGGUCAAGACAGCAACCCAAUUAAAGGGACAGUGUCCCGAUUAUGCGCACGCGCGAGGGUCAUCUGUUUUUUCUUCAAAAGACAAUAGAACUGUCAAAUUGACUCGACAAGAUUUCCUUCCGGACUGCACCGCCGACAGAGAUUUGUUGUGUAUAUUCUCAAGUAAUAUUUUAGACUUUCGAAGAAGUUUUUCGUCUUAUAUCAAAAUUUGGCUCGCGGUUCGAAGACUCAUCGCGACUUUAUCGCUAGCUGGGCCGCCUCGCGACCCGAAAAUCUUGUUCCGCUCGCUUAAAAAACAUAUUUUCUAAUUUGAAACUCGUGUCAGAGGUCAAUCGUUCCAAGUCCAGUAAUAUCUGCCUGAUUUGCUCGCGUUCUAGCCUCAAACGUUUGAAAGACAUAAAUAAAAAUGCAAUCUUAACGCUAUGAAUCAUCACAAAGGUUAGUCAAAAAUGAUAUUAUGAUUUCAUGUCACUAGUUUUUCAAAACAUGUAGCGCCUGUUUGUUUGAUUUUGUCGGCCGUAGGGAGAUUCAUUUAAAAGUUUACUAACGCGUCGUUGCAAAACAUUCUGCUUCACGAAGCUCCCCUCCACAAGAUCUCCUCAGUCACAUCAAUGUCUCAACGGAUUCUUUCUUACAGUCUUUAUUGUUGCUGUUUCAUUUCUGCGUAUUCCUUUCACAAUUAUCUGAGCUUGUAUGGAAGCUAGCAGAAGAAAUAAGCCUUCAAUCGGCAUCAAAGUGCUUCCAAUCUUUUGGUCCUCCGGCCAACGGCAAUAAAGGUAACGCCAAAAAAUCCAGAUUUUGCCCAAAUCGAAACUUAACAGGAACAAUAUAUCAUUGAUCUAUAAUCCUGAGAAGUUUCAGUGUCGUAUUGAACCCGGCCAAGCGCGAUGCAAACGGAUUUUUCAAGACUCUCUUACUCUCCUCGCAUCUUUUGAUUUCGCGACAUCCUGUCCAAAAAUCAAAGUUUGGUGCAUGCGCAGUAACGGGAUACUGUUCCUUUAAAUAGCCACCAAUAGUAAACUGAUGUUUCAACCAAUACUUAGUCUAAUAAAUUAUAGUGUGUUAACCUGAUGGUUAAUACUAUAAACAUGUUGGUUGUUAUAAUAAUAUUGGUCUGGUCCACAUUAAUGAACUGAGUAUCAUGAUCAGUCCAUAACAACAUUAACAUUUUUACUCAUUGACACAGGUGUACAAGCCUUACAGGGCUACAUACCAUGACAUGUGCAGGUUUCAUUCUAGUGAUUAUAUACAGUUCCUUAGGAGGUAACUUUUGUUCAUCUUGUCUUUUUAAGCAAAAAUAAUGUGGAAUAAAAUAAAAUAAUUUUGAAUCAUGACUGAUAGUGGAGGCGGCAUUGGCUGUCAGAGUGGUCAGACUCAUGAUCCAUCUGUCAGCAUUUCAAGUCCUGGUCCAACCACUAGCUUGAUUUGUUUCUUGGUUAUCUGAGUUCAAAUCCUUGGUCACACUCAUCGUAAAUUAGCCAACUGAUUGCUUUCUGUCAAUCUGGGUUUUUAAUCCCGUUAUAAUUUGUGCUAUAUGUAUUUGAUUCUUUUGUAAUAAUUUAUUAUUGAGUGGAGUGCAACUAAACUAGCUGGAAAUCCGUGGACACUUCCACUGUACUAUUAACAAACCUUUACCUUAAUCUUACAUGUACAAUCAUUUUUUGUACAGUUGAGUGUACAUUUUUGUGUAUUCUUUGAUGGGGCAAUUAUAAUUCAAUAUCAAUUAAAUUUUUCAUGUACAUGUGUCAUGCCAAUAAAAUUAAUGUUGCUAAGGAAAUGAAAAAAGAAUGAUAGGUGGCCAUCAACAUGUACUGUUAGGGACCUUAUGAUCCAGCAAUUGGCGACAUCCAUGAAAACGUCCCUGAAAAGUAGACUCUGCAUCCUUUCAAACCAUUUCGCGAUUUUCCCAAGUUACCCUGUUACUUAAAAAGAAGGGAUUUUAGAUUGGAACUGAAGAGAGGGGGCCGCUUCUGAGUUCAAACAAGAGAUAGUAGAAUUUAUCGUCUUGCUGUUCCCAUCCUCAAAAAAAUAUUAAAUUUGGUCAUUUCAUGUCGGAGUUGUGCAGGGAUGGCAAAGAAAGGUACAAAACAGCGUGAUGUGCGUGGACUUUGUUGUUUUGUUAACUAAACCUAUUGCUUUUUGACGUUGCCAUUGACGUUCCUUAAGUCCCUACACGUAUUAUCCGUUCCUUUGUACAUUUAAAUAUUUUCUUCUCACCUUAUUUGUUUUAUUUUUAGUAGAAUGUUUAUUUUUAUACUGAUAUCUUAUGGUAAGAGGGGAGAUUUCCCUUAAGAAUAAGCCUUGGUUUUCUUCAUGUUCUGCAUAAACCUAUUGUGCUACAAUGUAAUUGUUCUAUAGGGUAACACCACAAAAUACAGGAGGACAGAGCAAGCUGGCAAACAAUUUUAAUGUUGGAGAAGACUGGUGGGUACAUUCAUGACAGAUACAUGAAUAAACUGUAACAUACUGGUACAUGUACCUGUCGCUGUAUAAUGGUACAUUAGAGCUUUUCUGACUCCUAAAUGAGGCUGCACAUCAGUGCAUGAGACUUUGAUUCAAAAAGGAUCCUAAAUGUUGUCCACCACAUUGAAAGCAGAGAUAUUAAAUUUUAUAAACUUUCACACUACUGUUGGUGGUCAAGUAGUCCAAAGAAAAGAAUCUUCCUACAUUGAUUUCCCAAACCAGAUUUGAUAAAAUAAUUAUUAUAUUGGUCAGGACAAAAUAAUCUAGCCUCUUGUUUUUCAGAAGCUUUAUGGUGUUAAAAAAUCUGGUAGUUAAAAAUAAUUCUAUAUACCUGUCAACCUGAAUCUCUCCAGAUGCUUAUUUUUGUUCUACAGUCAUGUACAACAAUCUCAUGUUAACAUUGACAAGUACUGUGAUAUAUACUGUAGAUAUGAUCUACAGUGUAUUAAAGGCCAGACAUAAAAUUGUAUGUGAUAAAAAUACGAUUGGUUUUAAAUUAUUUUACAACACAGUACACAAAAGAAUAAAGGAGUGGUCCUUGUCAUGAGCAUCGAAUAAAGAAAAAAUCUGAGUUAGUAAAAGGAAACACACCCCUGACUUGUAAGGGCAGAAUGGUGCUGCUGCAUUCUAUCUAUGUACAUUGUAGCCAGCACAUGAUGGAGAGACAUUCACCAUUUAUUUAGUAAUUUAUACAUGUACACAUUGUAUCAUCCAAACUGCUGAUGCAAGGUCAAUAUAAAAAUACCUGUUGUUUCAUAGCAGAAUGCAUAAAAAAUAUAAUGAAGUAUUGGUAUUUUGUCAUGACAUUACAUUGUAUUUAACUUGCUGGGUCUGGGGGAAUGGGAAGUUGGAAGAUUUAAUAACAGAGAACUUGCUGACUUUGAUUAUUUACUUGUUUCUAGCCCUGUGUUCUCUGGUUUGUUUGAUUUCUGUUCUAUUUACACGGGUGCAUCCUUGGAAGGUGCCGUGAGGCUUAAUCAAGGGGUAUGUCGUUAGUUAACUGUCUCUUAAAAGACAGCUCACUUUGAAAAAAAAGGCAGCUUGAGUUGGUCCUAAUGCCUUUCUUUACUCCUUUCAGUUGAGUCACUGCAAGUAUAAAACAGACACCUUCUGUAACUAAAAUACAUGUCUAGUGUUGGUUCCCGUCUUUCCUAGAGUUGUCCCUGCCAUAUUGUUUGUACCCUCCACCCUCUUUGUCUGCUUUAAUCUUUAUAUCAACAUUAAUUGCACCUGUAUGUGUCGUUGAUGUUUUUUUGCGGGAACCUUCUUUAUUACAGUCAUGUAAUUUAAUAUGGACACUAUGGCAUGUAUCUUUGGUGUCUGUAUUAUCACUAACUUUAUGUUAAAUGUAUGAUGAAGGUUCUUGACAGUGAAUCUUCAGUAUACAUGUUACUUUUUGGAUUUAUUUCAGACAUGAACUAUUUCAUGUCAGAUCUGACUCAUUUUAUUUCAUUCAGUUGCUAUUAAUAACAAUAAUUUACAUAAAAAUGUACAGUAUAACUCUAACCAGAGUAAUAAGAAUCUUCCCCUUACAUGUAAGACUAGUGAAAACAAUGAGUGGUUUUUAUGUUUUGUGUUUUGCAUUGAAAUUUGAUUGUCAAAGUUUUUUACCCUUGGAACAGGUUUGUGAUAUUGCUAUCAACUGGGCAGGAGGGCUGCAUCAUGCAAAGAAAUGUGAGGUAUGUGGGUGAAUAACAUUAUGUUCUUAGUUCUUGUAAACAUUACUAUGCUCUUUAAAUGUCUUUGGAAAUCUCUCAGAAAACACAUGAAAACUGCUUAAUAUGUACACUGUAUGCUGUUUAAAAUACUGAUAACCUGGCAGAAUCUUAACAUCUGGAAACAAAAGCAUUUGUUUGUUUUCUCAGGUGAUUCUGCACCUGUACUCUAAGACCCUAUCAGCUGUCCAUUAUUUUAAUUUAUAGUGUUUUUUUAAAAUCAUUUAGACUGUAAACACACGUUAUACAUGUACACUGUAAAUAGUGACCCCAAAACUUGUCAAACCAGUUUAGCUCCUUGUUAAUAGUAUAAUGUUAUAUUAAAGAAGAAGGAGAAUUCAAACACGAGAAAGCUCAGAAAGAUUUUCCGAGCUCCAGGUGAGAAUCAAACUUGUGACCCUCCGCAGAGUUCUAGUUCGAACGCUCUAACCACUGAGUUACUGGAACUCUAAUGGCCAGCAGGGUGGGAAUUUAAAGACGAGUACACCAGACUUUUAGGAUUGCAUUGGGGACUUGCUUGAAAUUUGGCCAUCCACCAGUGUACAAAAACAAGACUGUAUAUUUAUAUUAAAGAAGAACCUGGAGAAUUCAAACACCAGAAAUUAUUGUUGCCUUGCAGGCAUCAGGCUUCUGUUACGUGAAUGACAUUGUGGUUGCAAUCCUGGAACUUCUGAAGUGAGUAGGAUAUUUUUUUCAAACAUUGUAGCACAUUUGAAUAGUGGCCAAACUCUCUCUCUUUUAAAACAUCUCCCACUGUAAUGUACAGAACAAAAUAGUUUAUUGCAUACCAUACAAAGUAUUGCUAUUUUAAAGACAGCACCAAAGGUAGCACUGAAAGACAUAAAAAUCUUGAAAAAUAUUUGUCUUUCAAAUAAUUGGCAGCACUUACAUAUAAUCUUGUUUUUCAUGUUACUGCAUUUUCCCACCAAAUUUCUGUGUAUGGAAAUCUGACUUGGAUUAAAAAAUCCAUUACCUCACUGUGACUAAUGUGAAGCAAGCACCUGAAAUGUCAUGUUUGAUUUUCAAAAGGAAAAGGGACUUGAAAAAAAACAAUGAUAAAUUGUUGAUACAUGUAAUAAGUACAACUGAAGACAAAAAAAAGAUUCGAACAACAAAAAUGAAAAACUUAAUCUUUUUCUGGGACUCAGAAUUGAUUUUUAGGGUUUUUUUGUUUUCUAGCUUAAAGUGUAUGUAUAAAUAAAAUAAUGCAUAAAUUAUGUAUUUUUGUUGUGGGUUUUUCUUUUAAGGUAGCCUGAACCUAUUUAUAUGCAUGUUACUUAUGUUUAUGAAUCGUGUUUUUUACAAAUAAUAAAUUAUUGGUUUUUCAUUUUGAACAGGUAUCAUUCACGUGUUUUGUAUGUUGAUAUUGAUAUUCACCAUGGUGAUGGAGUUCAGGUAAGUGCAGCAUGCCAUAAACUUUAGGUAAUAGUAGUAGUAGGCCCCAGUCAGUCAGGGUCAACCAUGGGUAGAUCCGUCCAGGCUGUCAGCUUGGCUUGAGCAGCAUCGCCUGUGACUAAACAGGCCAAUCUGAGUGACAAUAUCUGUCACAGAGGUCGCAUUUGUGUGUGGUUUUAGGUCUGGUGGUGGGAUCCUUUCUGCGAGUUCGCUGCUUGUCUGCCAUCACUAUCAGCUUUUCAUCACCCAGCGUUAGUUGUUUGUGGAGAGUGUUUCUCCAACUUCCACCGUCAGCUGCUAGGUCUUCCUUCCCAGGACUCAGUGUUGAUGUCAAGGGUCCUCAUGUCUCUCUUACAGACAUUCUUGAAUCUCAGGUGCAGGCGGCCGUGGUUUCUUUGUCCCAUAGCAUGUCUUCUGGGAUGUGGCCAUCUUCUGUGCGAUGAACGUGGCUUAACCAGUGCAGCCGGCGUUAUCUCAGCAGGGUGUACAUGGUGGGAAGGCCAGCACGAGACAGGACUUUAACGUUGGUCACUUGGAUCUGCCCAAGAUGUGACAAACUCUUCCUAGGUAGAAGGUGUUGAGCCUCUUUUCCCAUCUGGCAUAUGUGAUCCAUGUCUCACUGCCAUAUAAUACAAUGUUAACUGCUAAGAAUGCAUGCACUGUACACAGUCAUCUUUGUCUUCACUGUCAACUUGGGGUUUGACCACACAUUAAAUGUAGGGUGAGUGAGUGUUGUAGCUGCCUUUCUGACCCUCUUAUUGACCUCAGUGUCCAGGGAGAGGUUAUCGCUUAUUGUUGAUCCAAGGUACGUGAACUGGUGAUGGGAAUCAAGCUCAUAGUUAUUGAUGGUGAUGGCUGGUGGUGACUGUGUAUCUUGGCCCAUUACAUUUGUCUUCUUCAGGCUGAUGGUCAGCUUAAAGUCCUUGAGAGAAGGGUUUCAUCAGCGACUGCAAUUUCUGCUGGAUGUGAGUUGUAUUGUCAGCAAACAGCAGAUCUCUGAUGAGGCAGGAGGGCCAUGAGUCAAGUUGUUCCGAGCUGGGGAUGGUCAAGAUUGUUGAUGCAAGAUUCUCGUAGAACUUGUAGUUGUGGACAAUAUUGGGGUGUACACACUGACCAGAGAGACUGGGCCUUAGGUGGUGUUCAGGUGUAGAGUCAGGAGUCAUUCAGAGCCACCACUGCCCAGUUCCACCAUGUUCAGCAAGCUAUUCCUCACUGUGAAGCCAACUCCAUGCUCCUAGGGCUAGUCAGAGCUCUUUCCCUGCCAACAGAAAGGGUAGUCCUUCUCCUUCAGUUUCCCCGUGCCUGCCAAUUGUGUUUCUUGCAGGGUGGCAACAUCGGCAUUUAGUCUCUUGAACUCAUUAUUUAUGACAGCCCUUUUCCCGGCAUCACUAAUGUCCCGAAGAUCUUUAGAGAGGCCCAACAUCAAGGUCUACGGGACAUUCUGGACAACAUCCCAGUUCAAGAGCUGGUCUUUUGUAGAAUUCUUUUGUUGUUGCCUGGUGCAAUAGUUUAUUAUCCACAGUUCAGAUGUCUCCCAGUCUCUAAGCACCCAAUGAAGCAAGCAGAUUGUGGCGGGACAACGCCUUACUGGCUGGGGGCUGCGCAGCUUAAGGUGGGUGAUAGCUUUCCAGUGAGAUUUGAAAAUCUCUCCCACCAUUGGAAGUAACCCCUGGCAUCCUGAUGACCGCCAAUUGAGCAGUGACUUAUAAUCAGUAACUGCUGCUUCGAUUCCCGUGUUGUGUCAACACCGAUGGGAAUGGCAGAUUGUAGGCUGUUGGCUGAUGGAUGGAUGGAUGUAAGCCUUGGCAGUAUGAUAUGGAGGAUGGGCUGUUGCCCAUGCAACUUGUACCCCCUCUCCACUUUGCUGAUGAACCCAAAGGAACAGCAGGGCUGCCACAGUUUGGUGCCAAUGCAGUCGCAGGAGUUGCCAAAAGGAAGUUGAAAGUCAACAACGAACUGCCUUAGGGGCUCCAACUCCUAAUUUCUCCUUGAGGUUUACUCCUGAAGCCUUUCCCGUGACUGGGUAUUGCCACAAGGUAGUGGAGGUUUGGAAUCAGAGUUUUCCUUCUACUAGGUAACUGCCUUCCGGUCUACAAGGCUGUGAGCCACCCUAAGAAAAAUUGAAAUCCAGUGUGCCCAGCAUAUGAUUUCUAUGAAAAAACAGAGAUUUUUUAGUCACCCGAGAACAAAAGUUAGGUGCCACGGGCCACUGGGCUCUGCUAGAGCACAGCCUUGGUCUAUAAUACAUGUGACUAUAAGCCCCUCUUUACAAUGUAGCUUGUAUUGAAGUGAAUUGGAUUUAUACACUGUAUCAUGAUGUUUUGAAGCUUAAUAAUUAUUGUAAACCAGUACAGUCAAUCCCCACUUUAUAGACACCUGCUUAACUGUGGACACCUCAUUAUUACGGACAGUUUUCUUUGCCCCUUGCACUUACAUUUUCUCUAAAUUCAACCCACUUAAUACAGAACCCUGUUAAUACGUGGACAGACACUUGCUAUGGCCCCUCAGUGUCUGUAUUAAUGGGGUUCGACUGUAAAUGAAAAACAUAUUUUAAUCAACACUACUAGCUAUUUGUAUCUUUGUUAUUUGUACUGCAUACUUUAACGUUUACAUUUUAUAGUGAUCAAUAAAAACUAAAUAAAAAAUAUUUUCUUUUGAUACAAUGUAUCUUCUUUAUACAGGAAGCAUUUUAUCUGACCGAUCGUGUCAUGACACUCUCAUUUCACAAAUAUGGCAACCACUUCUUCCCUGGAACUGGUAACUGCAUAAUUUAUACAGUUGUAUACAUCACAUUAAUGGGCUGCAACACCUACGUGUAGCACAGAACAGUUACUAAAUCAUAAUUACCUUGAGUAAGUGAGAUGUGACUGGUUGCCUUAAUGACAUGAAUCUUUAAGUGCAUGGUGUCUAAUUACACCAACCCUGUGUUUGUGAAAUCCAUCAGUGUUUCAUAAAUUAUUUCUUGUGUGGUUACUGGCCAAUAAAAAAGAAAUAUUAACAUAUAUAUAAUAUUGAACAUUAGACUGCCGUGUUUGCUGGUUCUUCAGAGUUGUGAUGGGCUGAUGGUUUACGUGCCAGACUUAACAUUUUGAUUGUUUACUUGUCUUGAUAAGGACCUUUAUCUCUCCUCCCGUGCCACUCUGUCCUUAACUGUCAUCGUUUUGAAUUAUCAAGCUCUUUUCCUUGCAGGUGACAUGUUUGAAUUAGGAGUUGAAAAUGGAAGGUACUAUUCACUCAAUGUACCCUUGAGAGAUGGGAUAGAUGAUCAAGGUUGGUCCUUUGUUGGUGCUGCGGACUGGAUAUUUUAGAACUGCCUGUCACUUUGAAACUUUUUUUUCAUAAACUUAAGUUAAAAGAGCUCCAAACUGACCUUACUUAUUAAAAGUGACCAAGAACAAAGCAAACAUCUUGAAAACAUCUUGAAAAGAGAACGAGACCCUUGGAAAGUGAAUGACUUACAUGUGUAUUGCUACUUAUUACAGUUGAUAUACAUGUACUGUAUGGAGUGUAUGACAUUGCUCAUACAUGUAGCUAGACUGAGUGGUACUUAAAAGUGAAGAGGCUGUGUUAAGGUUCAAUUCUGACAAGUGACAUGACCUAAGGUUCAAUUCUGACAAGCAACUUGACCUUGAAACAGUGACAUAAGACAGAUGAAUUGGCAACAAAUAUGACAUAAAGUUAUGAAUAUAUUAUGAAAAUCAUAUAUGAGAACUGUGGGUUGAAGAAUUAUCUGAAAGAAGAUCAUUGCAGUUAUAGAUGUAACUUUUGCAGUUGCGAAAAGAAAGCCUGAAAAAAUUCCGGCUCAUACGAAAUUCGAACCCUUGACCUCUGUGAUACUCGUGCAGCACUCUUACCAAUUGAGCUAACAAGCCAACUGGGAGCAGGUCGUUGAAUUGGUUCGUUAUAAACCCGUGAAAGGAUGAUGAUCAAGUAACGAAUAUAUGAAAAUCAUAUAUUUACAUAAAGUUGGUUUGAAUCUGCAACAGCAACGAGGAAAAUCACAAAAACAAUAGUAAGAUACUGCCAGUGACAUGGCCUUCUCUUCAAUUUAAGUGAAAUGACUGCUUUUGAAAUUCAGACUAGGAACGUACAUUCUCCUACUAAUAGGUCCUCAGAGAAUGGUUUUACUGUCAUUUUUUGGAACGGAGUUUGGCCUACAGUUAUUUUAGCAUUAUCAUGACGAUAUUGCACGUUUUGAAACCAAUAAUAAGGUGUAAUACAGUCUGAACUGUACAUUAUAAAAGUGAUGUGUAACAACAAAACUUGUUAUAAAGGUCACUUACAGUUUACUUUAAUCUACAAAAAUGCAAAACUGUUAAAUAUAAUAUUUCUUGGUUGUUAGGUUAUGCUAACCUUUUCAAGCCAAUAAUGCAGGCUGUUGUCAAUCAUUAUCAACCCAGUUGUAUUGUCUUACAGGUAAGAUAUGAGCUGACCCACAAAACUAACAAUGUUUAAUGUUGUUAGAACUCCCUGACUUUAAGGUUUGACUUCAUUUAAUACUCUUCAACUGCAACAGACCAUGUGCAACCAUAAUAUUAAUUUUAUCAUCUUAGUAGGCAGACUAGCCCCUUGAGUGCAAUUUCCUCAUAUCACAAAGUUGAUUCUUAAGCAGAGCUGUCAGUAAGGGUUGGGAGCCAGGGCUUUUCCUUGGCUACUUUGAGCUGACCACCCACUACUUUCAGAGGAUUCAAAUAGAAUCAAAUGAUCUUCCUUGUUCAAUUCCCAGCUGACUUUUUGCUAUAUCUGGCAACUUGAAAUUUUACUGACAGCCUUGCUUAAGAAAUCCUCGUCCAUGUAUGCAGUAGACAAGUACAUGUACAUGUACAUACUGUAUCUAGUCACAGCAGAACCUACAGUAAGCUAGCUGAAGCUUUUAAUUGAGCUGAAAUCUGUUCGUACGUGAAAAUUCCUCAAUUUACCACUUUGAUUUUUUUAUGUCUUGUUGCAGUGUGGAGCUGAUUCACUUGGAUGUGACAGACUGGGUUGUUUUAACCUCAGUAUCAAGGGACAUGGGUAUAAAGACAUUACUGGGUUUAAUAAUCCACUCAGAAUAUUUACAUGUAAAUUAAUCAUAACAAAGGACUGUGUUCUCGCUGAAAACAGUAUGUUUACUCAAAAUAAUGGGAAAAGAAGCAGUCUUGUGAAUUUUGUAGCAAAAUUUCAAUACUGUACAACUAUAUGUACAGUAUACAUGUAGUUAAGAAACAAUUAUGGGAUUAGGCUGAGUAUGAUCUGAAGAAUUAUGGUGAUCGAGGAGGGUGUUAAGCACCCUUGGAGAUCUGCAUAAUUGUUCAGGUCAAAAACUGAAUCCAAUACCUAGUGUAAGAAUAAACUAAAACAUGCAUACCCUGAUUGAUGUUAAGUUUCCAUCUUCAUUUGCCUGUUUCUUGGCUAGUUCAGGAUAUGAAGGGAUUUUUUGCGUAGCAGAUUUUCUUCAAAAAGCAUAUAUCAUCUUUAGGCAGUAGUAUGGCCAUUUCUUCUAUGUAAAAUGUGUGAAAUGUUCUGCCACUUUGUCUUCUUUGGCUUCGUCUUCUCAGUUGCUGUCCUUUUUUUCUGGCAACCACUAUUACAGUUGAACCUCCAUUAAGUUGCCACCCUUGCCAGGGUACAGGCAGGUGAAUGCUUAAUUGAGCUUGGUUGCUCAGAGGAUCGUCUUAAUAAUAAGUAUAAUCUUUCACAGAAACAUCACUUUAUUAUGAAACAAACACAUGACUGGAGCAGCAUUAGUGGUCCACACACAGCCACCUUUUGGCCAUCCCAACAAUAGUUCUUCCAUUGUUUUCUCCUCUAUUAAGUUGCCAUCAAGCACUUGACACACUUAGUUUGGUUUUAUCUUAAGAAUACGAUUAAGGAAAAUAGGUGGUGACCAAUAGGCCAUUUGCAUGAUGACAUCAGUUUACUACUACAACCAGAAUCCUUCAGUACUUUGCUUUCUUGGGCAAAUUAGGGCUUAUGUUAUCGAAACCUCACUGGGAUUACCAAAUUAAAAUAUGAAAGGAAAACCGAAAAGUAUUCUUCAAUUAUUUCAGGAAUUUGGUUACUGGCCACUUUUAAAAUAGCAGGUGACCGCUUAAGGGGGGUUUAACUGUAGUAUUACUAUUGAGGUCAUUUUCUGGAUAUUGCAAAUGCUGUCGAAAUUUUGUCAAUGCUAGCUGGAUAUGAAGACUUAGCCAUGGGAUAUGAACCAAUCAGAAACAGAGAAAUAUUUUGAAGGAAUAAUGAUAACAAUAAUAAGUAUCACAGGCUUGACUGUGAUAACAUCAUGGUGACAUCGAAACUUUUUGGCUGAUUUAUAAUAUUAUUAUUUUUGAUAAAUUUGUCUUGUUUUUGGGCAGUGAGUGUGUGCAAUAUGUCAAGACAUUCAACCUUCCUAUGUUGGUUCUUGGAGGAGGAGGAUACACAAUUAAAAAUGUUGCAAGAUGCUGGUAAGAAAAACUGCUCAAAUACUACUUUACAUGUAUUGUUGAAUCAAGCAGUGCUGUUCUUAAUUUAGUCAAACGUGGUUUAGUUUAGUUGGACUGAUCUUUUGUACCAUUUUUUUGUAAUACGCAGUACAGAUAAAAUUUUGUUGCCCUAAUGCUUAAUGCCUUGUUUGAGUUCGGAUAUCCUUGGGCCUACACUACUAUUUUGAUGAAUUCCUUGAUUCAAUUGUCUGAAUGCUUCCAGAAAUGAAGUAAUAGUUAUGUAGAAAAUGAGGGUUAGUGCUUCAUCCCGGGUUCCAAAGACUAAGAAACAGUUGAAAGCACAAGGCCAAAGGUCAAGUGUUUUCAUCUGUUUAGAGGUGUUUGUAUUUAGUGGUUUAUGUCUCUUGUGAAUUCUCUAAUAUACAUGUACAUAUAUACCAUUAAAUUCAUAGUUAGUUACAAAUUCACGGUCUUUACAAAAGUGUUUUAUUUGACCUCUGUUGCAGGGCAUAUGAGACAUCCCUUUUAGUGGAUCAAGAAAUUUCCAACGAAAUACCUUACAACGGUAAAAUAAUACUUGAAAUACAUAUUUUGUUUUGUACAAAAGUGCAUACACGCACAAGCCACCAGCCGGCUUGCUGUGGUGGCAGACCUUCAUGGGGUGGAUGUUUUUCUCAGCCACUUAAAAGCAAAUUGAUAUUUGAUGUGAUGUAAUGUCAAAUUAUAGGAGCUUUUAAUUUGUGAACAAGAAGACUGUAACUGACUGAGCCAUUAUUACUGUUUGAGGAAAGAUUGAGAAGCAGCUUGUCGUCUGCGCUGAUACUUUCCCUUAAGUUGUGGUAAAAACAUCAUUAUUUUCUUUCCGGAAGUCAUAGCGUAUUAUUUUAUAAUAUCGUUAGAGCACUGAGAGUUUUAUGUGUUGUGCAAGAAAUCAGUUGCUAUUGUUAAUAGUAGUAUUCAGUAUUAAUUUUAACUGUUAUUUAAGGUGGCUCGAUACAAUUUUUCAAGGCCAAUACCUCCCAAGUUUGAGCAUAAACUACGUCGUAUGCGUACGUAUGCUCAAACUUGGGAGGUAUUGGCCCUGAAAAACUGUAUCGAGCCACCUUAAGUAUGACUAUGUAUUCGUGUAAAAAAGAAAGAAAAAGUUAUUACCCAACUGUUUUUUUUCUAACAAAAAUUAUUCACUUAUUAUACACAGAGACCAUUGCUUUGCUUAUUGAUGGCUUUAAAGGACAUGCAUAUGACUUUAUAUCACAGAAUGACAUCUAAAACUGUGUUUAAGGCUUGUUACUUAUACGAGUUUAGAUCCAGUUGAACACCUGGUUGGAUUGUGUACUUUGGAGCGGCAGACAACACAACAGUUUGGCCACACUUGAACAGUUUUUGCAAUAACAUUAGGGAAGCAUGCACAGCGGCCCUUUUUUUUUUCUUAGUUUGAUCAAAUAAAAAGCGUGGAAUUAUUUCAGCUUAAAUUGAACACAUAGGACGGUGUUGGGUUUGUUUGGAAAUUCCAUAGAACACAGCUCAACAUUACUCAAUUUUGUUGGUUACAGUCAUGUUAAAAUGGGCCUUCUUUUCAGGUGUCCUUUUUAUUGUCAAAAUUAUCGUUGAAUGAGUUUUAUUAUCCAGUUUAACAAUCUAACCUCUGCUGUAUUUCCUUUGUUUCAGAUUACUUAGAGUACUUUGCUCCAGACUUUUCUUUGUAUCCUGAUAUUGCAGCCAGGAUAGAGAAUCAAAACACCAAACAGGUGCGGCUUUUAAUUCAGCACUUCUUACCCUUCUCCUUUCAGAGCCUGAGUGCAGCCGCCCUUGGCCUGCGAAGAAAGCGCCGAUUUUAUUUUUUUUACAGUCCGCGCGCGGGAGACACGCCCCUUUUCUCGAGGGGCGCGCGUCCUCUAGACUUCUCCCUUCACCCUAAAAAUAAACCGGCGCCUGCUACGCAGGCUAUUGGCCGCCCUCUCCCCCAAAACGAAAUUGGGGAAUGAGGAAUUAUCUUUUGAUGGAACGGGGCGGUUGACACGGCUACUUUUUUAACGUCAGUUAAAGGUUAAGCUCUAAAAAGCAAAAUACUGAGGUGCAUGUGUACUCCACUGAAAGCUAUCAAACUUAAACGAAACUCUCAUUUUCCGGAUUUUCGUUUCAACGCUUGUCCUUAUUGAAGAACCUUUUAACAGAUUCACGAUUGUUGUAUAAACAUUCUUUUUAUUUGGUGUUUAGUACUUGGACCACAUAAAACAUACUGUGAUUGAAAACAUCAAGUGCGUAACAGGAGCCCCUAGUGUUCAAAUGCAGGAGGUCCCCCCGGAUUUUAUUUGCCUGGAGUCAUUAGAAGAUCAGGAAGAUCCUGAUGGCAGACACGAUGAUGAAUCAAGGUUUGUAAAGGAGCUGAAGGGAGGGGAGGUACAGAUCAGGGUGGGUCAAGAAGAAAGUGUAAAGGAGAGGAGAGAAAUCCAUUGGGUGGGAGAGAGAAGAGGGGGGAGGAAUGGACCGAAGGGAUAUUGAAGGGAGCCUGUGUUGCAUUUCUUUUACUCUGGGUGCACUGAAUGUUAUGCCCAACCACGUUGUCUAUAAACCAUAUUUUUAAGUGUUGUCCAAGUUUAAGUAAAGUUGUCAAUAAUUGCAAAUAAUAGCUCGGACAAGAGAUAAGGGGCGAUUGUGUACAAUUUUUGAAUUUAUAACUACGUAUUUUCUUAAGGGAAGGAAAAAUGAGGCAAACACCAGAAGUUAAAAGUCGGUUAUGAAACUUAUACAUAAUCACCCACAGCUGCUAUGGAUGGAUGGAUGGAUGGAUGGAUGGAUGGAUGGAUGGAUGGAUGGAUGGAUGGAUGGCACCUACUGUACCUACCUACCGCUGCCGCUACCUAGCUACUGUAGCUACUUACCCACCUACCUACUGUACGUAGUUAUCUACCUACCUACUGUACCUACCUACCUACCUACCUACCUACCUAACCUACCUACCUACCGCUGCCGCUACCUACCUACUGUACCUACCUACCUACCUAACCUACCUACCUACCGCUACCGCUACCUACCUACUGUACCUACCUACCGCUACCUACCUACCUACUGUACCUAACUACCCACCUAUCUACCUACCUACUGUACCUACGUACCUAACCUACAUACCUACCUAUCACCUAGACUACAUACCAGGGAACGAACCCUGUUAAGAUUAUUAUUACCUAAUUUUAAUAUUAAAACAGUAAACUGAUCAUUACGGCAGGAACAGAAACAAAAAUUUGCAACACAAACCUUCAACGGGGUUUCAUUUUUCUUUUAUAUCCCCCGUUGAAGGUUUGUGUUUUGUCUGUAUUUUCUUCGCAUUUGAUAAUGAUGACAUGGAGUCAUCGAAAUGUCGUGUUACUUUUUUAUCCUUGAUUUUUCUUUUAAAACAUAAUUCACCACUUUAUUUUUGUUUUCUCUCUUUAUUUUUUCUACCACUCUUCCUGUCGUAAGAAUCAGUUUACUGUUUUAAUUUUAAAAUUUGUUACUCAAGAUUUGACUGAUCCAGGUCUACUAAAGAUCCGCCUGACCCUCACUGUUUUGUCGUUGUGGUUUUGCCUUCGCAAGUGUUUAUUAUUACCUGCCUACCUACCCCUUAACUGCCUAACUGGCUAGGACAGUCAGCGUUUUACUUACUCCCACUGUUAUUUACUAGUGUUAUCGUUAUGAAUGCACUUACCGUCAACUAUUACUCUUGAAAAAAUAGGAAAUUUAAAGUUGCGCGAAAGUGCAGGGUGAGUAUCUCACACUCGGCACAUGCCUGAUGAAUGUAGAGAUUACUUUACGUUGAUCUCCCAUUGUACAGGUUUGAGGGAGAAUUUUAUGACGGUGAACAUGACGUGGAUAAAGAAGACGCAUAUCUUGAAGUGUAACAAGAGGAUAAGAAGACAUGGAUGAGAAUCAACCCGGGUGAAUAUGCGACAUAUACUGCAGUAACAAGACUGGAACUUAACAUCUCUUAGAAACCAAGUGAAGUUGUGGUGCAAGAGAUAAAUCACUUCAGGUUACUCGAUCCGGAAUACUGCAGCCCAUGUGUACUACCACAGAGAAGAAUGAAACCUCUCUUAUGUGAGCCGCUUAUGUUCCCGUCCAGCGGCGCUCCUCUUCAUUUCCAACUUGGUUGUAGCUAAUGUAAACAUGUAGCAUGUAAACUUGUAAAUAAAGUUGGUCUUGAAUGACGCCAUUUUAAAUGUUUACUUUGAUAAAAUAAUUCAUAUUUUAUAAUGAGUGAAAAUGUGGAAGUUAAUGAGGAAGUGAUUGUCGCAGUCAUGAAUACAAUUUAAAGAAUUUUUCCGAAACAAGAAUGGAAAAAAUCAGGC